GCAGAAGCCCAGCGUGCUGUAAAUCUCUCUCCUCCUCUAUCUCCCAGUCUUAGCACCAAAGGUCGCAACGAAAAGUAAAUAAGAUCUUUUUACCCCUCACUCCGUGCAGGUUUGGUGGCAGGCUGGCCAGAGGCUUUAAGAGGCGCGCAGAUACUGCUUCCUCGCUUCAAGCAUUGACACUGAGUUUGCUGUCAGAAGCUGUGCAACCUGUCCGGAAUAUGGGCAUUCACGUAAAGAGAUGGUGUUUUCUUGCACUUGUAGCAAGUUCAGCAUAUCUCCUAAGGGACAGCUUUGAUCCAGCAACUCUUGCCAAUGCCAGGGUCCUGGUCACUGGGGCAAGUACAGGCAUAGGGGAGGAGAUAGCAUAUCACUAUGCCAGGGCAGGAGCAGAACUGGUGCUGACUGCAAGGAGAGAGCAUGCUCUGCAAGAGGUGAAAAGAAGGUGCCUGGAACUUGGGGCUAAGAAUGUUUCCCUGGUUGUUGCAGAUAUGGCCUCUCAUAAUGCACGGGAGCCAGUUGUAGCAGAAGCUCUCUCUGCACUGGGAGGCCUUGAUUACUUGGUAUUAAACCACAUUGGCUGGACACCAUUCAAGAUGUGGGAUGGAGAUGUGAAUCACACCCGAUGGUUAAUGGAGGUUAAUUUUCUCAGUUAUAUUCAUUUAGCCACAUCUGCACUUCCUUACCUGGCGCAAUCAAAAGGCUCAAUUAUUGUACUUUCUUCACUCACAGCAAAAAAUCCCAUCCCAUAUACCACAUCUUAUGCAGCUUCUAAGUUUGCCUUGGAGGGUUUUUUCAGUUCUCUGAGACAUGAAUUGAUCAUGCAGAACAAUCCUGUGUCCAUCACCCUCUGUAUUCUCGGUCUCAUUGACACACAGUCAGCUAUGGAGAAGAUCAAGGAUAAAAUCACCCUGCCUGCCUAUCCUGCAAGUGAUGCUGCUCUUGCUGUUGUAUCGGCUGGGGCAGGCCGACAGCGGGAGAUGUACUAUCCUUGGUAUGUUGGACCACUUUGCUUUUUCCGAGACUGGUUCCCACAGUACAGGGACUGGAUAAUCCAGAGCAUGUACCACCACAGCUCCCAGGAGGAGAAGGAAAAUCCCUGAACCAAGCACUAACUCCUGGGAACCACUCACAUCAAAUGCACACCCGCUAAUUUGGUUAUAAUAAAUCAACAGUGGUCAAGUACAGUAUAUUCAAAAGGCAGUGUGGUUAUAUAGGACAAGCAAACAAAUAAGCAACAAUGCAAUGUGCCAUGCUUUAUAGAGCUUUGAACUUUAUUCUUAUCUUCAUCUGUCAGCAACCAAAAUACACUGGGCUUAUUGUUGGCAUUCUAAUAGUACAAUAGUCUUACAACUACAUUAGCUUCCAAUGUGAGUGCCACUUCUAGAAGAAAAGAUGCAUCCACCCUAGACAUCCAUGAUUCUUUAUUUCUCAGUCUGUAAAAGAAAAGCUGCUCCUAUAAUAUAUUGAAUGAUAUUAAAGAUACACAAUCCUGGCAUGGCAAAUAAAAUGUAAUUGCAUUUGUACUAUUUUCAUAACUGAUGUAACAGAAAACUUUUUUUUAAAGAUAUUUACUUAGGCAUAUGUCAUUACAAAUAGCUUAGAUUAUAAAGUGGACAAAAAGUAAUACGAAUGGUUGAUCUAGUGUACUGAUAUUAAAAAUGGGUUUAGAGAUUCAGCAAAUGAAUGUGCAUAAAUACAGUAUGUAUGGCAGCCUGAAAGUGCUGUAAUUAUAUUGCAGAGGAGAAUAAAAUAGACGAAAGUAGGAUAAAAUCUAUUUCUACAUUUCAUUUAGGACAAUUUUACAGUUUACUUUAAUUCGCUGCUAUUUGUAGCAGUGAUCAAAAUUCCCACUAACUGAUCGUCCCAUUGAAAUCAAUUUGAAGCCCCUCCAGACGCACAAGAGAAAGGCGUAUAUCUCAAACAUCUCCUUUUAUUAAGGUCAUAGUUGGAAGUUACAUGAAACUUGUGUUAAUUCCCUUAAAUUACAUUGAAAAGGAAUGUGCUGCAACAAUGUGGUGAUUUUUUUUAUCCUCAUAUACUAACACUAGAAGUAGAAGCUACAUACAUUUUUACAAUAAAUAAGUUUCAAUGACUCAUUCAACACAUUCAACAUCCCUAUGCACUGGUUGUAACUGAAGGCAUCACUAAGCACCGUUUUAAAUGAAAUGCAGCUGUGUGUGUAGCUUAAGACCUGCAAGCCCCGUGUCACCCACACCUGAGGGCGACACUACCAGGGUCGGACUGAGUCGGCAGGACACUGGGGAAAAAAAACCAGCCCAGACCCACUCCCCCGAUCGGCCAAGUCAGGAGGAGGCCCCUGGGGACUACUAGGAGGAUCCUUGGUGUUGCAGCCCCAGUGGGCCCCAAUGCUCCAGUCUGACCCUGCACACUACCCUGGCACCAUCACUAGAUGUAAGUGUGAGGGGGUCAGGAACAGGACUGUGGAACACGAACAGUUACCAGACUAUCAACAAUGGCUGAUAACCAGGAGCAUGGUUUUUUAGCAACCAAAACUUGCCUCCAAGCCAGAAAUUCUAAAAUAAGCACCUGCUUUGAGGCCACUGAGAACAACAUCCAAAAGGUUGGUGAGCAACAUGUUUCUCGCGAGGUUUAAUGGUAGACUUUUGCACUUUGACAUCAAUAGUGGUGAGAGCUGUCUUUAGGUUUGGGAUGAAAUUCUGGGGUUUUUAGAGACUUUUUCCUGUAUUAUGUCUGCUUUUAGGCUGAACUUGCUGGGAUGCCAUGGCCUGUCCAAGCUGUUUGAAAUCUUCUCCAUUUGUAAAUGAUGUCUGAGACAUCUUUUCUUUUUGUAAUCUUAACCUUUACUUUCAAAAAUAAAAGUAUAAGCCAAG